ACCAUUGCCGCAGCAGCAGAUAAUGACGCCACCCAUUCAUUACAAACAACAAGACAAGUCCGGACACAGACACCGUGACAGCCGGCGCGGACCAGCGCGCACUCUUCUGCCGCUGACCCAACUCAGAGGCGAAAGCCUCCGUUUAGACGCGGCGCAAAACACACCCGGGCCCGACAAAAGGCAGCCGGACGAGUUUGUGAGCUGUCGCCAAGAAGCAUCGCCGUCAACCGGCUACCUGUCAGAGAGGAGGACAGGGACGGACGCCGGAGCCGACUAUGACCCCGCAGGAUGAGCUGACGGGAGCCGCGGCGCGGGGAGACGCUGCCUCGGUGAAGGCUCUGCUGCAGAGCGGAGCUCCGGUUAACGGGGAGAAUUGUUUUGGACGGACCCCCCUACAGGUGAUGAUGAUGGGCAGCAGCCGCGUCGCUCGGCUCCUGCUGGAGCUGGGAGCGGAUCCUAACGUGGCGGACAGAAGCACCAAGGCGACCCCGCUGCACGACGCGGCCCGGGCGGGCUUCCUGGACACGGUGCGGCUGCUGGUGGAAGCCGGGGCCGACCCGCGGGCCCGGGACAACGCGGACUGUCUCCCGGUUGACUUGGCCCGGCAGAACGGCCACUCGGAUGUGCUCGCUUUCCUGGAGACUCUUUAACCACGUUUCCUAUUAUUUAACUCGGUUGGUUCUGAUUGAGGACCGCAAAUAAGGCCCCCAAAAAUGGCCUGGAUUAUAUUUAUUUCUUUAUUAUUUAACAAGGGGCGCUUGUUGACUACAACAGGAUUUACGAGGCUCCACCUUUUCUGAAUCUGCUUGGAAUUGUACCUUUUUAUUGUAAGAAAAUAUUGUCAAAAACAAAAACAAAAAAACGAUUAUGUGCUGUAGAAUUUAAUAGUGAUAUUUUUUAUUCUUCUGAGAUAUGAUUAUUCGUUAAAAACAAUUUUCCAUGAAGAAUAUAUAUAUAUUUUUUACUUAGCACUUUGCUUAGCAUUCAUAGUAAAUACCAAGCCAUAACUUUUUGCACAUGUAUUUGUUUUAAACUAUGCACAAUCAAUACACUGACGCGCCAUCUCUUUGUACAAGUGUAUGCACUUUAAUAAUAAUAAUUUAAAAAAAAGUCCUGUCACAUAUUUGUGUUUUAAACACUCUAAAGGUGAAGGUCAACAGUGCUUCCCAUUGUCUGAAAGUCGGAUAAUUGUCUUUACAAUUCAAUAAAAGAAAGAAGAAACGAUUAAUGAUACAUUUAUGUUCAGUCACGACAAUUAAAGCCUGAAACAGGUGGACUAUG